AUUAUUUCAGAAUGAGUUCAUGGUUCAUUCUCGUACAAAAAUGAGCCAUUUUGCGUUUAAAAUGCUUUUUUUUGCUAAAACCUCGCUUUCCUUCGGAUUUUGAAAGCGUGGAGAUUACUUAUGACUUCAUUAAGCAAACGAAAUCGGAUUUUAGCUGGGCAAAAGAGGAUUAAUAUGGAAAAUGCAACAGCAAUUUCAAAGUGCAGGAGCGGAAACUUAUUAGGAGACAUUGUUUAUUGUGAAUUGUAAAGACUUGUUCAGACAAGCUAUGUCUAACUCAAGAUCUAAAAAAGAAAAUCUGGACAUACCCCAGGUGAAGGUGAAUGACAAACAUGGCAGCUUUUCAUCCAUUGCCUCCUCUGACAGGAGUUAUUCACCUGCUGGUUCACCUCGUCAUGGUCGGAAGAUUUCAGGUUUCAAGAAAAUGAUUCCCUGGAGACGAAAAGACCAGGAUACUGAUCCAGAAGGAGACGAAGGAAGGGAUGAUGAUCUGGUCAGAAAGAAGAAGGUGUCCGUGGAGGUUGUUCCAAAGAAACCACCGUAUGCCGGGCGCAAAAACAGAAGUCGUUCUGUGGAUCAUUUGUUAACAGACAAGAGUUUGGCGACCAACUUCGAAGUCUCGCCCCAUUCUCUUCAUAGUGAUAUUGAGGCGAGGUUACACAGCCCAGGACGAUCGUCCAUCACUGACGAGGACAUCAGCGGGGACUCGGGGAAUGAAAACUAUGAUGUCCCGGAUGGCAUGGAUAAUACCGACAGGUUUCAAAAACUUAAACGAAAAAUUGAGAAAACGAAGGAGACGAUAAGACAACUCCAGUGCACGAUGGAUGAGAAUAUCACAGGCUACUUAGUGUCAUUUGAAGGAAAUUCUGAUCCUGAGCUCACUAAGAAAGCGUUCGAGAAAAGAAACUUGAAGUCCAACGCCGUUAUUGGUCAGCUGCAAAAGAAAUUAGAUAAAUAUCAAAAAGCGUUGAAGGAUUUAGAGACGCACGAACAAAGAGCAAAGACGCACAACACUGCUAAGGAGGUUUUCAGAGGCGUUCGGACGAGCGUCAAAGAGAUAUCAGGCGGUGUGAGGGAUGGCGUCAAAGCCGGGCUCUCAGGCGCUGUUUCAAAAUUUUACAAAAGCAACGAGAAUAUAACAGAUGCAACCCCAACGUUCUCAAAAAGCGAUUCAGAAUGUCAUGAGCUUCAGGGGGAAGACAUUGAGUCCCUCGUUGGGUAUGACGUCAGGAAAGUUCUCACUCCAAGUCCGAAAUUUGACGAAGAUAGCGUCAUUUUUGGUAGUCAAACGAGUGCUCCCACCUCCACCUCCAGAUACAGCGAUGGCGAAAAUCCACUUGAAGCAAAACUCAAUGAAUUACUCGAAGCACAAAUGGCUUUGAAAGAAACAGUCGAUAAGGCAGUGUUUGACAUCAAUGCUAUCGCAAAAUCUUUACAAGAAGAAAGAUAUAAAACACAGGAUUUAGAAUGUCAGUUUAACACACUUCGGAGUCAUUGGAAUGAUUUCUCAGAAUUGCACCAGCACGAGAACAUGCAAUUACGUCAAGACAUUCAACGCAAUGAUGAAAGUAUUGCGACAGUUGAUUAUCGUCUUGUUGAAAGAGUCGCUGAAAUUGACGAAUCAUUUGAUACUUUUGACGCAAGAAUUUCCAAAAUUGAAAACGUUCAUCAACAGCAACAAGGCCUGAAUGUCGAUGAUUAUUUUGAGCAGAAUAUUCAAGCCAAGGCCGUCCUGACGAAGUUUCUUAGUGUUGUGCUUGCUGUAGUCACGUUAUUGUUUAGUAUUUUUACUUUAAUUAUUCACGGCAUUGCUCCAUUAACUAGAACAAGGUUACGCUUGCUCAUAACGACAAUAAUAGUAGUUUUCUUAGCCAUGUGGUGGCACAAUCCAAAUCAAUACGUAAUCAGGCAUUUUCAACGAUUAAUCGUCGAUCCUACGUGCGAAAUAUUUAAUUAUCUUACGAAAAAAAUAACUGGUUUUAGAGGCGGUGAUUCUGGCAGUAGAAAACAUGGCCCCGACGUCACAUGACGUCAUAUGACGACGUCAUCAUACGUAAUUUUAUUUUAAAGAUUAGGAAAAUGUAAAAAUGUGUAAUUUUAAAUGCCAAUGGCAGGCUCAUUGUGUAUUCGUAGACGUUUAAAUUGAAACCGAAGACAAAGUAAUAUAAUAUUAUUAUGCUAUAUUAAAA